CUAUCUGUUUUAAUCUGUCAGCAAAGUUGUGGUGGAUAGCCGGUUCCCAGCUGAAUACCACAGGAUUGGAUCAUGUGCCGCCCACAGCGCGAAUGGGCAGAUCGUUUCGGCGGCUGGAUGCGAAGGAGUCAGUGCACAAUGCCCACGUUUUCGGUCAUGUACAAAGGAGCUGUUCUUCUCAGCAGGACACUGAUGGGUCCGUAUGGAUCAGAUCGGACCGUCUACUCCAUGGAAUUUACGGACUGUGAGAAUGGACUGGGAAUUAAAGUCAUUGGAGGUGUAAAGGAAUGUGGGGGAGAAUUUGGUGUUUAUGUGAAGAGGAUUUUAUGUGGUGGUCUUGCCUCGUGUGAUGGACAGCUACAGCCUGGUGACCAGAUUUUGGAAGUGAAUGGGGAAAGUUUAAUUGGAGUUACAAGUGAAAGGGCAGUGGAAAUCCUGAGAGCAGCUUCUGCAACCAAUCACAUGAUGCUUAUUAUAGCCAGGGAUGAGGAAGCCAGGAAAGAAUUUUCUGAGCUUUUGGAGAAGUAUGGAUCCAGCAACGUGGGCUCAUCAAGGAGUUCUCCGGUUCUGCAUGGCAGAUAUUUAGACAGCACGUCAUCUGGGUCCUCGUCUCGAUCGCAGAGCCCGCUGUUGGUUAGCCCAUCUGGCUUGCAGAACACCUACAACAACACAGGACCCCUGGCACGGUCUAUGAGUCACCCGGGGGAGACGGUCAUUCAGCUGACCUCAGUGGCUUGCUCUUGUGGCCUGGGAAUCACCAUCGGGGGGGGCUCCAACAGACUUGACGGGCCAGCAGUUUUCGUCCAGGAGGUUCUGUCUGGAGGUGACUGUUCCAGGGACGGCCGGCUGAGAGCAGGAGACCAGCUGAUCGCCAUCAACAAAGAGUCUCUGAUCGGCGUGACUCAUGAAGAGGCCAGGAACACCCUCAGCAGAGUCAGGCAGGAGGGUUCAGUGGAGGUCGCCUUCAUCCCUGCCAGAGGGCCUCUUGCUAGCAGUCACUGUCUGGCCAGAGACGGUGAGAGGCCCGUGGAGGAUGGGUGUGGUCUGGUCCGGGUAAAGACACGAGCCAGGUCCCCGGAGAGGCAGCCGGAAGACCUGGAACCCAUGCCUCCUUCUGCUCCUGACAUAGAACCCUCCAGCACCUUUGUUCCAGGAUCUGUCACAGCACCGGAAACAGGCAUUUCGACUAAGACCAAGAUCUCCCUCGACCCGCACAUUCGCCUCAGAUCAGACAAACUACACUUGGCCCUAAGGUAUUUGGGUUUAGAGGUCACAGAAGAAGAGAAGAAGAAAUUAAGACAGUGCUUGGUAACAGACCCCCAAGGAACUGUGGCUUAUGGGGAAUUUGUGGAAGCCACCCGGAACGUUUUACUGGACAAACUGCAAGCAGCGGGUUUCGCCCAAGGACCAUUCAUGUUCACCUACCAUGAAGCAGCCAGCCUGAUGGAUACAUCCGCCUUCUGCUCUCCGAUACCUGAACCUGCAAUCAGCUGUGUCCCUGAGGGAUUCAAUCCGCUUAAAACUGAGUUGGCAUCUCAUCAGCAAGUGAAACAGAAAGCCAAAACCUUGCCUGGGGAGAGCAAGGCAUUGAAGGGCAAGGCACCGGCAGCGGAGGUGGUGCAGAGGCAGUCCUACAGCGCCGAGCAGGACUACGAGGAGGCCAUCCAGCUUCUGGAGGCGGAGAUCAAGGACCUGAAACAGCAGCUGGCGGGGAAGCAGCACCGACCGGGAAGGGACGCUCUCAAGGAGGAUGUUCUUGUACUGAAGAGAAGGCUUUCAAUCAUGGGAAGCCAGCUAAAGAAAUCUGAACUCAGCAGAAAACAUCUGGAGGUCUCCAACAGAGAGCUCUUGGGAUUUGUACGGAACGUGUUCCGAGUGCUCUCCUCGUCCAGCUUAUUUGGGACGGAGAACGGCGGCAUCUCCCCAUCCAUUCUUGAGCCUGUUGGACGGCUGGCUGCUGAGGCCAAAGCACUGGUGGAGCGAGUCUGUUCCCCGGGCACUGACGACGAAGCAGCAGGCAAUGUGGAGGACAGCAGUAUGGCCCAGGGAGACUUUGCUGAAUUCUCCAGACGUGGUCUUCCUGCUCAGGACUUUUUGAAAAACCCAUCAGGAGAUGUUCCUGGGAAAUUCAAGAAUAAAAGAAAUGAAAAAAUGAACUGAAAACAAGCUGGAGAGAGGAACUUGAUGGAUUGUAAGAAAAGCCUACAAGGUCCCUUUUGAGGCUCAAACAUAAAGCAACAGGAAAACCAAGAGAAAUGAGUACAGGGAAUGACCUAUGAACUUCAGACUUUAUCAGUAAUGCAACUUAACGUUCAGCAGAUCCACCCUGCUGAGAUGCUAACGGGCCUGUAUCUGAUGAUGAGUGGCUUGGGGAAUCACCUGAUCGCUGUAACCCUGCCUCUUGUUCUUGCGUUAAUCUCCCAAACCAUAUUCCCUACCCCCUUUCCAACACAUGCCUCAGCCCUAAGAUCUCCACAAUGAAAACCACUAAUAAAGCCAAUCUUUGCUGGCAAGACACAGGCACGGCUGAGGUUGCAAACUUUGGACCACAAAGUCUGAGUAUUACCACAGGCCCACUGGUCCUGUAGUCCUACCCAGGCUUAUUAUGGGUAGUUACUUAUACGCAGUUUGUCUUGUCCCAGUAGCGUCCAUGCGAUAGGAUGCGGAAGACAUAACACUGAGUCUCCACAUGGAGGCUGCAAAGAUUGUGCACUUGGCAGGAUGGGAAGUAUGGCAUCUGGUCCCCUGGACAGGACUGGAGUGGCAGCAGGCUGAUCUGUGGUGUGUCCUGUGGAAUGGAGAGAUGGCUUUGGGUCUUCUGAGCAGGGAUGGUGUGGAAGAUGAUACUGGUGCAGAUUCCUUUACUAAGGGGAUACUGAGGAAGAACCACAUGCAAGGGCUCUAUGUGGGAGGCGACUGGAGAUCCUUCUCAGCCUUGGUUGGUUCCUUCAUGAUUCACAAUGGUCAGAUGGUCAUUGGCAUCAUUCUCAAAGGCUAGCCAGUUAUCUGCUGGUUUGCCUUGGUUCCUCAUUCUCCAUCUCCAUGCAAGGCCAUACUCCAGGAAGUAGUUCCUUGGGUUUGUCCAGACAUGGUCCAGCAAUGUUGCAAACUCUGCCGAAAUGUCCUACUGAGAUGUUCCCAAGCCUGCCAGGUGCCUAAACUCCAAGGAGCGCCAGAGGCAACCCGAUUACGCAAGCUCCUCCUCCUUCCAGUGGAACUCCAAGGAGCGCCAGAGGCAACCCGAUUACACAAGCUCCUCCUCCUUCCAGUGGAACUCCAAGGAGCGUCAGAGGCAACCCGAUUACACAAGCUCCU